AUGAGUACUCAGCACUUAGUUUCCAUACAGUAGCUUUUCAUCAUACAAUUAGCAGAUUUACGUUGUUUUAGUCUGCGGUUCAACACACGUCCCCUGUUAUGUCCUGCAGACUUGACUGAAGUGAGGCAUCCACAAGGUUAUUGCUGUUUAACCCUACAAUGUAACCAUAGCGCCUGACCUCCCACAAGUCUUCAUGUCCCCUCUGUCCCCCUGCAGACCUGUCCAAAGUGAAGCUGAUGCGCUUUGAGGACCCGGUCCUGGGGCCUUGCCGGGUGCCCAUCCUGGGGAUGGAGGAGCACGGUAAGCUACUCAUCUGUGACAAGUCCUCCUUCAGCAUCAGCCUGGCCGACAGGAAGGUCCUCAUGACAGACAACGGCCUCAGCAUGGAUAUAGGAGACACCCGGGUUUACCUGUUACAAUAG